AUGUCUACAGACUCGGGCGCGCCUGAGUCGUGGAUCUCAAGCUUUUGUGCUCUUCUAGGCCAUGAGUAUUUCGCCGAGGUAUCAGAGGAGUUUAUCGAGGAUGAUUUUAACCUGACGGGUCUUCAGACCCAGGUGGCCAUGUAUAAGGAAGCAUUGGAGAUGAUAUUGGAUGUGGAGCCCGAAGACGAUGAAGAUGAGGAGGAAGAGGAGGAAGAGGAGGAUGAUAAUGAAUCCGGUCUGGGGGAUGGCCAAGAGCGAAUGGGUGGCCGACCAGGCGAGCGAAGACACCAUAGUAGAAUGGCCAGCGACUUGUCUGUCAUUGAGUCCUCAGCAGAAAUGCUUUACGGCCUCAUUCACCAACGGUUUAUAUGCUCGCGUGCUGGAAUCCAGCAGAUGAGCGAAAAAUAUGAACUCGGCCACUUUGGAUGCUGCCCACGGACCAACUGUGACCAGGCAAGGACGUUGCCCGUCGGACUCUCUGAUAUACCGGGCGAGGAUACCGUCAAGCUGUUCUGCCCGGCUUGCCUGGACGUCUAUGUCCCACCAAACAGCCGUUUCCAAACUGUCGACGGAGCAUUCUUUGGUCGCACAUUCGGCGCCCUUUUCCUUCUUACCUUCCCCGAGUACGACCUCACCAAGAGGGGGGUCGAGGUUCUCUCUUCAGCAACCUCGCGCAUAGCAGCUGAUGAGGAGCUCGUCAACGGCAUGUACACCAGGAACAUUGCCCCGGGCCUAGGACCUGGCCGCAUCUAUGAGCCCAAGAUUUAUGGCUUCAGAGUUUCAGAGCGGGCUCGAUCGGGCCCGCGCAUGCAAUGGCUACGAGCUCGACCAAUCGAUGUCAACGACCUUGACGAGUCUCGCAUCUACGCUGAACAAUGCGCCGAAUCCGAGGAUGACGACGAAUCCAUGAACCUUAACGGGAGGGCAAUGGUCCGUCGACGACCUCCUGGCAACGCCCGUCUCCGCCAGCGACAAAACCAGAACGGCAGUCCCAUGGCUCUAUCAACGAACGGCGCCGAAUCCGAGCUGUAG